AUGCAUUUAAAUGCAUGUGUGGUUUAUUCAAAACGAAAAAAUCACAAAUGCUUGGAGUUUCCAAAGAAUGAUCAACUAGAUCGAUGGCGCGAGAUCUUGAAGAGAAUUUUGGAUGUAAUCAUAACUUUGGCACGUUGUAAUUUACCACUAAGAGGUCAUCGUGAACAAGUUCAAUCAAUAGAUAGUUCUUCAGGCAAUUUUUUGAAUGUCAUUGCAUUAUUAACGAGGUAUGAUCCAAUAUUGCGUAGCCAUUUGGAUAAUGAUUCAACAAAAAUAAAGUUCAUGAGUCCAUUCAUUAAAAUUGAGUUGAUUGAAUUGACAGCUUUUCGUGUGAUUAAGCAAAUAGUUGAUGAGAUUAAUAACUGUCCAUUUUUCGCAAUAGUUUUAGAUAGCACUCAAGAUAUAUCAAAAAUUGAUCAAAUGUCUGUUAUUUUACGUUACGUAGUCAUCGAUUCAAAAAAAGGAUUUUGUAUAAAAGAAUCAUUUUUAGGAUUCAUUCCAGUGCGAAAUCAUGCAUCCAAAGGCUUGUUGGAAGAAAUCAAACAAUUUCUGGAAAAGCUGAACAUUGAUUUGGAAAAAUAUCGAGGACAAGCGUACGACGGGGCUCGAGUUAUGAGCGGCACAUAUAACGGAUUAUAA